AAUUAAUCAAAUCCAAGCAAAUCCAACCUAAUGACACUUUCAGUGAUGGUAUAACUGGGUUACACUGGGCAUGUAUUAACAACCGAUUGACCCUUGUGAAGUUCUUGCUUCAAAAUGGCGCAGAUCCUAACAAAUUGGGAGGUGAACUAGUAGCUAGCCCUUUGCAUUGGGCAUGCAGGAAUGGUCUAGUUUACAUUGUUGAUUGUUUAUUGACUUAUUCUGAUGCUGAUCCUACUAUACGAGACUCGCAAUCAUACAAUUGUUUACAUUUGGCCGUGCAUAGUUCCAAUAUUACCUUGGUGAUUUAUUUGUUAUUAAGUUGUUGUGAUGCAAACUCGACGAAAAAGAUGUAUGUGGAUGAGCCUGAUGGGUUUAACCGUACUGCUUUGCAUUGGGCCGCAUACCAAGGGGAUACAUUUACUGUUAAUGCAUUAUUGAAAUUUGGAGCUGAUGUGUCGAAAGUGGAUAACACAUUGUUUAUUCCAAUCCAUUGGGCCUUCAUGAAAGGCUAUAAGGUUGUUCUUAAAACCUUGCUCAAGGCAGGUUCGGAUAUUCACUUCAAGAAUGACCAAGGUAAAGAUACGUUUGAAAUUGCCAAGGAUAUGAAUUGUGUUCUGACAUGGACAAAAGUGUUGACAGAAUGUGAUAGAGAUCCAAAGAAUAACUGGGCACCCAGAAAACGAUUCAUAAAUCCAAAAGUAGGGAAACUAAUUACAUUCUUUACCCCUUAUGUUAUCCUCCCAAUUGUCCUCAAUAUAUGUUCUGUUUCCGCUGGGUUUGGGAUUCCUAAGUUAUUUUUAGGAUUCGGAAUUAUAGCAGUUGCAGUGUUCACAUUGAACAAGCUCGUUGUACCAACUUAUUUGAUUGAUGAUAAAGCAAUUCAGAAAUCACCAAUUUUCGCUGGGAUAUUCUCAGCAACUGCAUUUUGGGCCGUUAUGGUGUGGACUUAUGCAAUGUUGCCCAUCACAUUCCUCAAUCACUUUUUCUUGAAUAUAUUCCUUGGUGGUUGUAUUGGUUUAUUUUCAUGGGCAUUCUUUAAAUCUAUGUUUAUAAAUCCCGGGUUUGUUCCCACUCCAGCCGACAAUUCUGUUAUUUUAUCGCAGGUCAGGGAUUUAAUGGCCGAAGGGAAAUUCGAUACUGAUCAUUUCUGUGUAAAUACAUUUGUCAGAAAACCAUUACGUUCCAAAUAUUCCCGUCAUAACAACAAAUUGAUUGCCAGGUUUGACCACUAUUGUCCAUGGGUGUAUAAUGAUAUUGGGGUGAGGAACCACAAAUUGUUUAUGACAUUUGUGUAUGCCUUGAACUUGGCCAUAGUUUUCUUUACUUGGUUGUCUAUUGAAUACUUUGAUCAAUUGAAAGAUGCAUAUGAGUCCGAUGAUGAAGAUUCAAGUAUUGUCUGUGCAUUAGUGGGCGAUGAUUUAUGUUAUGGAUACAAGAACCAUCAUUUCCAUUACAAUUUGAUCAUGUGGUGUUGGUUGCAGUAUAUUUGGAUUGUGUUUUUGUGUUUGGUGCAAACAUUCCAAAUAUUGAAAGGGGUAACCACCUGGGAAUUCAGCAAUCUUAAUAACAAAAUCCAAUCAAGCAGAUUCAACCAUUCGACCGUUCCUCGCGAUUUUGGAAUCGACACCGCUCCAGCUGUUCAGCAACAACCUCCAAAUGGUCGUGAGACUGGGUACAAUACUUGCAUGCAAUUGUUGGGGAUCGAUCAGUUUGUACUUACUUUGAAACUAAGCACCACGUCUUUUUUUGCCAAAUCCGGUUCUUCAACUGCAAAUGAAACCCUUAGAACCGUUGAUAUCCCUACUGAUUAUGGAUUCAAACAGAAUUGGUUGGACUUUUGGAUUAUUGGUGAACCAAAUUGGAGAAAUGUGUUUUAUUUGCCUAUAAAGGGAGAGAACAACUUGAAUGGUGAAGUGGUUGAUUAUUACAAGUUGUACGAAUACCCAGCAAAGUCUGCCACUCAAGUAGUUUAGUCUAUAAUGCAUAUUACAUUAAAAGUUGCAACAUAUUGAUCGUAGACACAAGAGAUACACAUAACUACAGUAAAUAAUUUAAUGUGAAAAAAAAACCCUUUAUUAAGUUAAAAAAAAAUACACAAUAUACAAGUUAUCCUUUCUCUGAAGACAACUUCUUGGGUCGACCCACAACAUAAGGUUAACUAUAGUCACUAAAUUCUAAACACUAGAAUAAAGUAACUUGUCAGACAGCCACUCAUACCCACCCAAUCCACAGUCCUCCGAAAAGGCAUAGUGAAAAGGGUAAAGAUCAUCGCUCCUUUUAACGUAUUCAUAAUAAUCUUUGCAGACAAUACAAACACUAACAAAAGGCAAACAAGUAGAUGACCAGAUUGCAAAGAAUCACAGUCAAGCUAAACUAAAUUCUCACUUUGAGGGUAUAAGGGUAUCUCACUCAUCAACCAAGUUGGAUUCAGUGGCUCUUUUGAAGAGUCAAAGAGGGACGUGACCUAUAGAAAUGAUCCUAUGAAGUACGUCGACAGAGAAAAGAAAA